CCUCGUGAAUUGGGAGAUGAUUCCGUUUCCUCUAUUACCGACGCCGAUAGAAACAAGCUACAGGGCUUGCACCAUUCCUUACAGAUUCCCUCGUGAUAAUCCCAAGAUUGCCACUCCUACUGAAAUCUCCUGGAUCAACGUCUUUGCUAAUUCCAUUCCCUCUUUCAAGAAACGUGCAGAGAGCGAUACGACUGUUCUAGAUGCUCCUGCUACAGCUGAAAUAUUUGCAAAAAGAUAUGCAGGAAUUCUUGAAGACGGGAAGAAAGAUCCAGUGGACUUGCGGAAGUUGAAGGAGUUGAAACGGGCUUUUUUUGGGCUUAAAAAGGAAAAUAGUAAGAAGGAAGGCAAGAAAGAAGCGCACGUGGCAAUCACGAAAGAGACAGCGAGAGAUUGAGAGAAGUUGUUUUUAUAUUCCCCAAAUCAAUCGACAAAGAGACUCUAUUUCUCUGUUAUUCCCCUCCCCCUCCUCCAGAUUCCAACCCAAGUCCACCCUCAAAAUUGCUGCUUUUAGCUUGCGUUGGCGUUAGGAAUUGUCAGAAUGAUAGCCCGGAUCCUUGCCGCCUUGGCAGAUUCCAUGGAGAUUCCUGCUGCUGCUGGUGAAUCAGUGCUUGGUACCAUCAAAAUCGCUGUGAUGCCAAUUGCCAAGGUUUUUACCAUGUGCUUCUUGGGUCUUCUCAUGGCCUCCAAGUACGUUAACAUUUUGCCUCCCUCUGGCCGUAAACUCUUGAACGGGUUGGUCUUCUCGCUUUUGCUUCCCUGCUUGAUCUUUUCCCAGCUCGGACAAGCCGUCACUCUCCAUAAAAUGCUUCAGUGGUGGUUCAUUCCCGUGAACGUCGUUCUUGGCACCAUCUCAGGCUCGAUAAUCGGUUUCAUUGUUGCUACCAUCAUUCGUCCGCCAUACCCUUAUUUCAAAUUUACAAUCAUACAAAUUGGAGUUGGUAACAUUGGCAAUGUACCUCUUGUUUUACUAGCGGCCCUAUGUAGGGAUACCUCCAACCCUUUCGGUGACUCCGAAAAAUGUAGCAUUGAUGGCACUGCUUAUAUAUCCUUUGGUCAAUGGGUUGGUGCCAUCAUCCUCUACACAUAUGUGUACCAGAUGUUUGCUCCUCCUCCAGAAGGGUUUGAUGCUGAAGAAGAAAAUCUUCCUUUGAAAAACCUGCCAGUAGAUGCUGCUCCAGAGCAAGUCCCCUUGCUUACUCAGAAUUUCCCCAAGGACAUUUCGCCUGCUCAAGUUCGCCUGCCUGUACAGAGCACCGGACCUAGAGGAAGAACGGACUCAAGGAAAAGCAAGAUUACACAGAUCUUUGUUUUCCUCUAUGAGAAGUUGAAACUGAAGCAAAUUGUCCAGCCUGCAAUAGUUGCUUCGAUCCUUGCCAUGAUACUUGGUGCAAUACCUUUCACAAAGAAGUUGAUAUUCACAAAUGGUGCACCUUUUUUCUUCUUCACAGACAGCUGCAUGAUUCUUGGGGACGCAAUGAUACCGUGUAUCUUACUGGCGUUGGGGGGAAAUCUCAUUAACGGACCCGGAAGUUCAAAACUUGGUUUCAAGACAACAGCGGCUAUUAUAUUUGGACGGUUGGUGUUGGUGCCACCAGUAGGACUAGGAAUAGUGACACUAGCAGACAAACUUGGGUUCCUUCCUGCUGAGGACAAGAUGUUCCGAUUUGUGUUACUCCUUCAACACACAAUGCCUACAUCAGUUCUCUCAGGAGCUGUUGCCAACCUUAGAGGCUGUGGAAGGGAGUCAGCUGCUGUGCUCUUCUGGGUUCACAUUUUUGCCAUCUUCUCAAUGGCUGGAUGGAUGGUACUGUACAUCAACAUACUCUUCUGAAUUCUUUUGGUGUAAAUACAGGGCAUCUCAUAUGUGCCUGUAUCAAUCCAAAGUUAUUUUAUUUAUUUUCUGUGUAAAUGUGAGUUUAACUCUUAUUAACUGAUGGACACUCGCUUUUUCCUCUGGAUAUAUCAAAUAAAAUUAUUUACAACA